AUCACCACAGGGGGGCAGUGUUGUGCAGCGGAAGGACGGGGAUGCAGACAAUGGAUGCGAUUAUGCGAGCGCUCUGAAACAAGUAGCGACAGAAUUAAAUAGAUGGAUGGGAUUUAAUGCAAACCGAGUGUUUCAGCAACAGCAGAAUCCGCUUUUUGGCGCAGGUGACUUUAUUCCUAUUUUUGAAAUCAAAUGCAGCGCAUCCUUCCCUGUUGAUCCAGGCCCGCCCAUAAUCCACAGCAUCUCCGGGAAAACUGAAAACAAUCCGUUCAUUAUAAGGGAGGAAGGUGAGUCUGCAGAUAAAGCAGCCAAUAAUAGGACGUGGAUCGUUUUAAUAAUCUGCAUAUCAUAGCCUGUUGUUUCUGAAACGGAUGCUAGAAUAUCCUGAUUGUCCAAUUAGAAGCUCUGCUUGCUGUGAUGGACUUCCCGGGUCAUUUCCAGCAUAUUUUCAAACAGCUCAACCAUCAGCGCCUGCACACCCAGCUAUGUGACUGUAUGGUGGUGGUUGGAGGUCAGAGCUUCCAGGCUCACCGCUCCAUCCUGGCUGCCAGCAGCUCUCACUUCAGGGCUCUCCUUACCUCCAGCGAUGAGGGCUCAGGAGCCCAACAUGUGAUGGAGCUGGACCCAGAGGUUGUGACGCCAGAGGCCUUCUCUACCCUCCUGGAUAUGAUCUACACCUCCACCCUCACUAUAGGGGCCUCCAAUGUAAUGGAUGUGCUCUUGGCUGCCUCCCAUCUCCACCUAAAUGCAGUGGUCAAAGCCUGCAAGUUGCAUUUAUCCAGGAAAAACUUUCCUGCCUCUGCACCGAAAGGCUGGAGGUCUGUGCAGCAAAGUCCAUGCUCUGUGGCGGUAACAGUACCACAGCACCAGGUAACGUCAGCCACAGAUGAGGACUCUGAGAUAGAGGACAUGGGGAUGGAGGUGAGUCAGUCUGGAGAGGAUGACACCAGAGGCAUGAGGGGAAGUGAGCAACUCACAGCUCCAUCUUUGAGACAAAAACGAAAGUCACAUGAGGAGAUACUGUGUGAAAAGAGGAGGAUUUUCAGCUACAAGGAGUGUUCACCCACUGUGACCAGGAGCACAGAGGAAGGAGGAGAUGAUCUGACAUCAUCAGGCUGCCUGAAGUCUACUGACAGGCUGUGGGAAAACCCAGGUGAUGAAGAUGAGGAGGAAGAGAAAUACGAGGCAGCAAAGGGGGAGUCUGAUGAAAUCCAGCUGCCCACUCAGUCGGACAGUAGCACAGCUGGAGAGUGGAAAAUGGCUGAAGAUAAAGGUGGCGACCCUGUGGUCAAAGUUCAAGCUGGAGAAGAGGAGCGGGAUGAACAAAAAAUAGUGAUUGAGGUGAAAAAGGAAAAUAUAAGUUCAUUUUCCAACGAUUUUGAUGCAGGUCCAAACAAAUCUCCCCCAUCACUCUUGGAGGCACAGAUCGGAGAAGAAAAAAUGCCCGAGGCGGAAGCCGACGGUGGGACGUUACCAUCUCAGGUGUGCGCUGAUGUUCACACGGAUAUGCUGACUGGGAGCGGAGAGCUGGGUGGGGACACAGUGGACGGGGAAGGCUUGGAGAGCUUCUCCGAACUCGCCUUCUCCUGCUUUCUCAAUCCUAGUUCUGAAAGUGUAAUGGGAGCUUUAGGAGAAGAAGAUAGUCUGGCUAGUCUGACAGCUGCUGCGACUGCCGCCGCCAGCGACAUGCCUACAGCCCCCGAAGGUGGAAAUGCACACAGUCAAAAGUUGGCAAAAGCAAACGCUUCUUCAGUCCAGCCCUCGGAUUCUUCAUCACCUCUUGUUUUUCCUGUAGCCCCCGUCUCCUUGCAGCAGAUUCUCCCAACUCAAAGCUCCGGAUUCAGUGACACAAUCAUCCUAAAACCCAAUCAGAACUCCUUGACAGGGUUUCUGAGCAGCAUCAGUCCAAGUCUCAGUCUGGACACCUCCCAUGUCCAACCAUCAAGGGCCGGGAAAAGCUCUGGAGCUCCGACUUUCCGUCGCAUUGCCCCAAAAGUAGCUCCCGGAUCACAAUCUUCCACAGAUGCUCCCUCUGGAUCAGCAGGUGAUGCUUCAGAGAGGCCAAGUCUGACUAGAGCAUCGGAGGACGUCCUGUCCAAGUGUAAGAAAGCGGCCGCCGAGGACCACGUGCUGCUGGUGGAAGGGGAGAAGAAAUACGCUUGCAAGAUCUGCUGCAAGACCUUCAUGAAUCUAACAGACUGUAAGAAGCACAUUCGUGUCCACACCGGGGAGAAGCCCUAUCCAUGUCCGAAGUGCGGCAAACGCUUCAGCCAGUCCUCCCACCUCUAUAAGCACUCAAAGAACACCUGCAUGAACUGGAAAGAUGAUCAGUCUUUCCCAGACUCUCUGCUCUAACCUGCACUAAAGACACCAUCUGAUGGAAAUUGAAUAUUUAUCCUUCAUGAAACUCUUAAUUUUUAGCUAAUAUGAAGUAAACAAAAAUCAUGCUUUUUUUGUUUUCCUGUUCAAUAUUCAGCAAUGAUUUCCUGUUAUUGGCUUAAUGUGAAAGAUUAUAAAAAUUAUCACUUAUUUUAGACCAGAAUAGCUAAAAAAACAUGUUAAACAGCUUCUAUUUAAUUUAUUUACAAGAAUUUAUUAAUUCUAAAAACAAAUUUCUUUACAUUUAAAUUACAUACAAGUUAUUUUCUUCUAAUAUUGACCACUUCAUGCAGGGCAUGAGUGUUUUACUGUUUAGUAAGUGCAGAUUUGCAGCAUUAAUGUCUGAAUCAUUUAUCGAUUAUCACAUCUCUGAAGGUAUCAACACAAUGAUUUAAUAUUUUAACUACACAAUAUCAUGACUGUUUAACACUAUUUUCUAAAAAAACUAAAAACAAAACAGGGUGAGGUUGGCCUUCUUUUCUAGAUCUCCAAUUAAGAUCAAAUCUGACUAGAAUGACUGCUUCAGUGUUGCAAACAUCACCUCCUAUCUAACGUUUUCAUUUAAUGCUCAUGUGGCACCGGAGACGCUGGAGGCACGGUGGUUGGUUUUCAGCACCUAGAAGGUGAGCUCACUGGGCAUGUCCGAGCCCUGCAAACCCCCCAGCAGGUUCUGGGCCGUCAGCGCUGACAUGAUGCCUCUGGUGGAGUAAGUGGCACUGCCUAUAUGUGGUAACACCACUGCAUAAGAACAAAAAGAGACAAGAAAAUGACAAAAAAUUUUUUUUAAAGAUAAUUCAACAAAAUUGUCUUUUCAGGUAAUUUCCUUUUUUAGAUUUUGUCAAUUUACAACCAUAAACUUUAGUGUUUUUUUAGGCGAUUUUAUUUAUUGAUCCAACACAAAGUAGAGCAGAAUGUGAAGUGGAAUUCAAAUGUUUUAAAAUUAAAAAUAAAUAAAUGUACAACAGGUUGUAUUUUUAAUGUUAUGUAUUCAGCCUCUGUGUUUCCAUCUUUUAAUGAAAUACUUUUUGCUCCAUUUACAGCUGCUAUUCUCUACCAGCUUGUUUAAGUCCAGCAUGACUGGAUGGAGAGUUUGUCUGUGAAAAUAAGAUACAGACUUGCAGUAGAUCUGGAUUUUGAAAAAGCAAAGGUGUAGCUGUAACAACCCCAUGAUCUGUCAAGGAGAAGAUUAGUGGUCUCUGGAUUUUGUCUCAAGGAAAGUUAAUAUGUCCUUU